AUGAAGCAACAAGUCUUCUUCAAUGAGAGGCCACCAAUGACAUCAUGUAACAAUUUCUACUAUGAGAGCUAUCAACAUCUUCAAACCGUGAUAUUCGCUAUUCAGGAAAUCAACAGCAAUCCAAAUAUUCUCACUAAUAUUUCUCUUGGAUUUCAAGCAUAUGAUGCUUGCAACAAUUUGCAGCAGAGCAUGCAGGGAACGUUUCAGGUACUGACGGGACGCAGUACGGCCAUCCCUAAUUACCGGUGCACUGGGAAUGUCCCUUUAAGUGCUGUCAUUGGUCCAUCUGCUUCUACACAGUCUGUUAUAAUGGCACAUAUUCUAGGGCUCCACAGAUUCCCACAGAUUAGUCACUUUUCAACUAGUCCCCUUUUGAGUGACAACAAUAAGUUUCCAUCGUUCUUCAGGACUGUCCCCAGUGAUACCUUCCAGUCUGAAGGUAUUGUUCAGAUGGUAUUGGAUUUUGGAUGGAAAUGGGUGGGAAUAUUGGGUGUCAACAAUGAUUAUGGUCAACAGGGAAUUCAAUGGGUGAAACAAGAAAUAGUCAAGGCUGGGGCAUGUGUGGCUUUCACUGAGAAUAUUAUUACAAGUCAACCAGACCGAAAUGCUCCCCGAAUAGUUCAAGUGAUGAAGGAGUCAACAGCCAUGGUUGUGAUAAUCUUUGCAAGUGACCUAAAUGUAAUUCCUAUUCUGGAUGAGAUGUUGUUAAGAAGAAUUUCAAAGAAAAUAUUUGUUGCCAGUGAAGCAUGGUCCACAUCCACUCUUUUUAACAUGGAGAAGUAUUCUGGGUUUCUCAUUGGCACUCUUGGGCUAGCUAUUCCACUUGGGACAAUACCAGGACUUAAAGGGUUCCUUAACAAAGUUCACCCAUCUAUGACUUCAGGAGGGAGCUGGGCAAAGCUUCUCUGGGAAAAAUCUUUCAAAUGCAAAUAUUUAGAUGUUAAGAAUGUUACAAUGUCUACAUACACUGAUAUAAAGCCAUGUACUGGAGAAGAAACUUUGGAAAGCAUCCAGAACAAUUACAAUGACGUAUCUCAUUUAAGAGGGACCUACAAUAUCUAUAUUGCAGUUUAUGUUUUGUCCAGGGCGCUGGAAGAUCUUAAGUCCUGCAAAAAGGAAAAAGGUCUAUUUGUUCUUGGUAAAUGUGCUGAUAUUUUGACAUUCAAGCCAUGGCAGGCUUUCUCAAAGUGUUCACUUGAGAAACCUGUCAAUAAGCUCUUGAAUUACUUGAAGAAGGUGAAGGUUAAACUGAGCGACAGCAGAGAGCUUUACUUUGAUAGAAACAGGAACCCACCUGCUGUUUAUGACAUUAUAAACUGGCAGCUUGGCCUUAAUGGAACCGUAAGGCAUGUCAAUGUUGGCAGUUAUGACACAUCAGCACUUCUUGGACAAGUCUUCACCAUCAACACAAGUGCCAUAGUCUGGGGAACUGAAGACCAACAGAUCCCUGUCUCAGUCUGCAGUCAGAGCUGUCUCCCUGGUUUCCGCAAAGCACCUAAAAGAGGAGAGCCGGUCUGCUGCUUCCAGUGUGUCCCCUGUCCACAAGGCGAGAUCUCCAAUCAGACAGAUUCUAUCAGCUGCACCAAGUGUCCGUGGGAUCAGUGGCCAAAUCCUCAGAAGUCGCAAUGCCUUCCAAAACCCUUGGAGUAUCUCUCCUUUGGAGACCCAAUGGGAUUUGCUAUAAUGACUGGGAGCAUCACUUCCUCAUUGGUUCCUGCUUGUAUUUUAAGACUAUUUAUCAAGCAUAAAUCCACCCCCAUUGUAAAAGCUAACAAUUACACAUUAAGCUGCAUUCUUCUAGUAUCUCUUUCACUUUGUUUCCUAUGUGCUAUGGCUUUUGUUGGUUACCCUCAGCCAGUGAUGUGUCUUCUACGCCAGAUUAUGUUUGGCAUGGUUUUUGCCCUCUGCAUCUCUUGUAUUUUAUCCAAAACUAUCAUGGUGGUUUGUGCUUUCAUGGCCACCAAACCAGGCAGCAAUCUGAUAAAAUGGACCAUGCCUUGGGUGUCUUACAUUAUAGUUAGUAUUUGUUCUCUUGUACAAUUCCUCUUGUGCAUUACGUGGUUAUCUUUUGUUCCUCCAUUCCCUGAACUAAACACAGAAUCCCAACCGAGAAUUAUCACUGCUGAGUGUAAUGAAGGUUCACCCAUUGCAUUCUGGUGCAUGUUGGGAUAUCUUGGCCUCCUGGCCACCAUCAGUUUCAUUGCUGCCUUCUUGGCCAGGAGACUUCCUGACAGUUUCAAUGAAGCCAAGUUCAUCACCUUCAGUAUGCUGGCCUUCCUCAGUGUCUGGGUGUCCUAUAUCCCAGCUUCACUCAGUGCCCGAGGAAAAUACACAGUGGCCAUGGAGAUAUUUGCAAUCCUAUCUUCUAGUUGGUCCCUUGUAAUCUGUAUGUUUGUUCCGAAAUGUUUUAUUAUAAUGUUCCGGCCUGAUAGGAACUCUAGAGACAAUUUAAUACGAAAAAGCAGAGAUAAAUUUAUUGUAACUAAAUAA